UGCAAGGAUUGAAUUGAAUUCAAUGGCGUAUAGAAAUCUCCAUGGCUGUAAGCUCAAAUCUCCUCUCCCUUCAGCCAUUUCCUCCCUCCGCUCUCUCUGUUCUCUUCUUCCCCAAAUCGAAGCCUCAAGAGAUGCCGAUUUGGUUUCCCAAGUCCUCGUCCACCACCACAACCCCUUCCACGCCAUGGAAUCCUCCCUCCAGCUCCACUCAAUCUCCUUCUCCUCCCACCUCCUCGAUCAAACCCUCCUCCGCCUCACCCACCACUCCAAAAUCGCCCUCUCCCUCUUCCACUACGCCAAAUCCCUCCCCUUCAACCCCCUCUCCACUUCCUCCUACAACAUACUCAUCGACAUCCUCGCCAAAGUUCGCCAGUUCGACGCCGCCUGGCAUCUCAUCCUCCAAAUGGAUCACAAGGGUACCGAGACUUUUCUCUUGCUGAUUCGCCGCUUGAUUUCUGCUGGCCUAACUCGCCAGGCCGUUCGAGCUUUUGAUGACAUUGAGGGGCUUACUGGAAACAAGGUACGAACCGAUGAAUUUUGCUAUUUAUUGGAUACCCUUUGUAAGUAUGGCUAUGUGAAAGUUGCGGCGGAGGUUUUUAACAAGAGGAAGGCGGAGUUUCAUGUUGAUGUCAAGAUUUAUACGGUUUUGAUAUAUGGGUGGUGUAAGAUUGGGCGAUUUGAGAUGGCGGAGAGGUUUUUGAAGGAUAUGAUCGGGCGUGGGAUUGAACCGAAUGUGGUUACUUAUAAUGUUUUGUUGAAUGGGGUUUGCAGGAGGGCGAGUUUGCAUCCGGAGGGGAGGUUUGAGCAGACAAUUAGGACUGCAGAGAAGGUGUUCGAUGAAAUGCGUCAGAGAGGGAUUGAUCCUGAUGUGACCAGUUUCUCUAUUGUGCUUCAUGUGUAUAGCCGUGCCCACAAGCCGGAGCUAUCACUUGAUAAGUUGAAGCAGAUGAAAGAGCUUGGCAUCUCCCCGACCGUCGCUACAUAUACUUCGGUGAUCAAAUGCCUCUGUUCUUGUGGGAGACUCGAGGAGGCCGAAAACUUGGUAGGAGAAAUGGUGAGAAAUGGAAUCUCUCCAUCCCCUGCAACUUAUAAUUGUUUCUUCAAAGAGUACAGAGGUAGAAAGGAUGGGGCAGGUGCUUUGAGAUUGUACAAGAAGAUGAGGGAGGAUUGUCUAUAUGCUGCUCCUAGUUUGCAUACCUAUAACAUAUUACUGAGCUUGUUUCUAAAUCUUGACAAGAAGGAGACACUGAAAGAGGUGUGGAAUGAUAUGAAGGAGAGCGGGAUUGGGCCGGAUUUGGAUUCGUAUACGACGAUGAUCCACGGGUUGUGCGAGAAGCAGAGAUGGAGAGAGGCCUGUCAAUUUUUUGUUGAGAUGAUUGAAAGGGGGUUUCUUCCCCAGAAGGUGACCUUUGAGAUGCUUUACAGAGGGUUGAUACAGUCUGAUAUGUUGAGAACUUGGAGGAGAUUGAAGAAGAAACUGGAAGAAGAGUCUAUAACUUAUGCCUCUGAGUUCAAAAACUAUCACAUUAAGCCUUACAGGAGAUGACAAUCAUGUGAAUGACAAAAUCUCCGCAUCAACGAGUUUCGAGAGCUUUACGAGGAACGAGAGUGAUAUGAACCAAGAUAUCUCGAUCAUGCAACAUGAACUUCAAGUAAGUUGUGAGGAAAUAUGUUAUUCAAAUUAUCGUUGUUGCAAUUCAUGCCAUAUUAAAGAAGAAUCAAGGUUUAUUUGUUCUUGGAUGGUUACCGAUUUUGUGUGGAUAGUAAUCUAGAGUUAUGAUGUUUCGAUUAUGUAUUUUAAGGUUGCAUUUAUAUAAUGGCUAAUUAUGGUCAUAAAGUAUGAAGUCUACAACUCUUAGAA